ACCAGUGCAUUGUCAAGUCGAUGUCCCGUGGGAGCAUUUUGUUCAAGAAGUUCAUGGAACUAAACUCUAAAGGCAACAUUAUCAACUGCAGUCUUAUAAUGAAAUGAGAUCAAUGGUCAUAAUCUCCGGUUUCCUCACAAUGUAAUAUGGCUACCAGGGACGAGUUACUGUUCCGUUACUUUAAUCCGAUUCUAAGUCAAUAAAGCUCGCUUCGGUUGUCUCCCAGCAACCCAACGCUUCAUGGUCUUAUGCCAGUGCUUCCCCACUACAAGAACGGUAUAAUCCGGCGGCCUGCUAGCUGCUGUUGUAUUCGACCGACCCACAUUUGUACUCGCUUUAUAAUAAAGCCUCCGAUCUGCCGCUAUUCGAAAUUAGUUUCAAUGUUGGUUAAAAUUGCAUGAACAACUGAUACAUGGAUGUAUACGCUCGAUUUACAAUGCAUCACGAUGAGUUUGCCUGAAAAUUCGAAGUGAAAAGACGUGAGACCCACUCCCAUUUUGUAUUAUUCCAUUCUGUGGAGCUGUGUGAAGCAGACGGGUUCGCUUCAACCAUGGGGAGUAAAAUGAAUGAGAUGUCACCAAGGCACUUUCCAGCCCAACCCAAUCAAUUUGAGCUUCAAUACAGACCUAAUGUAAUCAGCCAUCUGCCUCCCCUCAGUGCACAUCAGCCUGCAUUUAGUGAAAAGCCAAAGAUAGUCCAACCAGGAGCAUUCACGAGAGCUGCUCCAACCAAAGAAGUCAAACAUAGUCGCAGAGUCAGUGAUGCCAUCGCUAAUAACUAUACUCCAACCGCCCGCAAUCUAACAUCUUCGUACAUUUACGAGAUCCUACGCAGACACGAUCGUCCACAAAUUCGGAACGGUAGGAGGUCGCCAUCUCCCAACCACCGAGGCCCCUCCCCUUCACAUAGGAUGCCAUCACCUCAGCAUAGCCGAUCACAUCAUAUACAAUCUGCCAGUUUAGAUAGACAUUCAUCCGAUAAAUCUAACAGUCGUGGGACUCCUUCACCAAGAAAAAGUCCUAGAACAUCAAAUCAGUCCUAUGCUGAAUAUAAGAAGAGCAGAAGUCAGGCAUCAUUGAACAACAAUGGUUCAACGUCUUUACCCAACGUUAAAAAAUCACCAUCUAAUGGUCCCUCAACCAAUAGGAGUCGUCUGCCCCCUAUUAUCACCCCUCCAGCAAGUCCAAGGGACCAUUCAGACAGUGCAGUCAAUGGACAUGAUAGGACUAGACCAUUCAGCAGUAGGGAGGGUAGACCUACAAGAGGGACGUCUAGUAGUGGUAGCGAUCCUAUGGUACCUGAUAGCGGUAAUGGAUCAUUGAAUGCAAUACAUUCGUCACCGACGUCAGUUAAUGAUGUUCCGACACUUAAUCUGCGGUCUGUGACAUAUGCAAGCUCAGACAGUAGUCUUGAUGGCCUAGACCUUCCUCCAUGUAUGCGUGAAUAUGAUCUAGAGAUGGAAGCUGUGAUGAGUGUGCAGUUUCCAGGGUAUACCUACUCAACACAUGGGUUAUCAAGACCACCUACACCGGACCAGAAGGAUGUAGUCAGAUAUUAUGGUUUGAUCGAGGGGUCCAUAGAAGAUUCCUCAGUAGCACCGCUCAAUACACAAUGGAUUAAAGAGAUGUACAACUUCCUACCUGCUAGACUCAAGACUGAACCUCUCAAGAAGUGUAUGAAAGAAGUCACAGAGGAAGCCAGAUCUGUGUAUAUAGAGAGCAUCAAGAAGGGAAUCAUGGACUACAUCCUGCAAGACCCCGUAGAGCAGGAGAGACUUGGUGUUCCCAUGCCAACCAAACAUUCUAACUCUGCUGGUAGAGAGUGGUAUCCGUGGAGUGAUGCGGUGGAUGAUGCGAGGGACUUCAUGGAGAACUAUCUCUACAUCACUCAUCCCAUCAUGACUACUAUCCUCUACAAGUGGGAGACACAAUAUGCCCAUCUCAGGAUGUUGGACAGACCGGGUAUCAAGGAGAUCAUGCCUCUCACUCCAGAGGCAUUCCUUGACCACAUCAAGAACACAACGAAGCAGACGAGAGAGAUCUUGAUGAAUGAUUGGCUGGAGGAAUGUGCUGAUAUGAUCGAUGAUGAAAGAGAUGAGAUUGAAAGGUGGAUGCCAGAGAAUCAGGAUGGUAGAAUGGCCCAGAUGGAUCAUUUCUUCAAGUCCCUGUCCACACUCAUGUCUCUCUGCUUGAGGAGCUGUGUAGAGAAGUCCAUUCAUGAUCUUGUGGAUUGGUUUCAACUCUACGAUGAAGGAAACUAUUAUGAUUGUGAUUACGAUGGAUCUCAGCUCAGUCUACCAACCAUACCACAGCCUCUCAAGAUCUCCAUGGGUCCCGAGAUGUCCAAGGUGUCCUGUUCGUUCACCCCAGACAUUGACGGUGUCAUUGACAUCCUCCAUCGGUGUAUCCAAACCAUGGUGGAUGGUGUGAAGGGCAUCCACCGCGUCGAGAAGCGUCUCUUUCAUCGGGUAGACGCCGUGGCCAUCGCUCACAUUCCCGCCAUCAGGGACGAUGAGGAGGUCGUGGAGAGGGCAAAAGAGCAGGUCAAGGAGGUCAUCUUGCAUAACUAUCACGGCCCUGUCAGGUUUAAGAUGGUGUAUGCUCCUUAUGCCUACCUGCUGAAAUCAUCCUCAGACUCGCAGGUCGAGAAGUUUGUGAAUAAAGACCAACAUCUCAGGGACUAUGUCAGAGAGAUUGAGAAACUCAAGAAGAUGGCAGCAGAAGUUGGUCUCUUUCCUCUCAAUGUACCCAUGCAUCUCUUUGAGUUGGACUGCACAGAUAUCAAUAGGUGGCUGAUCCUGAGAUCAAGAGACUUGGCAGACAUCAUGAUCUCAAAAAUCGUCAAUACAAGUCGAGUGUUCAACCGUGGCAUAUGUGGGCAGUACGACCAGAUUGUGAGGAAAAUCACCAGUCAAUCAGAGACUACGCAUCAGUUGGUCAAACUACAGGAAUAUGUGGAUAGACUGACCACUGGAGAGCUACUACAACUCAAGAAAAAGCUAGAAGUAGCAGGAGGAAACCUGAUCUUUUUGAUGGACUAUGCAUACUUGAACAAAGAGGAUCUGAUGCUGAAUGAUCAAACAUUCACCUGGCCUGAUAGAAUCAUGCCUAUCAUCAGAAACAGUGAAAUGAAGCUUCAGAAGGAGCAUGACUAUGCCGUGUCUAAGCUCAAUGAUUGGCAGAAGAAGUUUGCUGUUCGUAUCAAGGACGUGAUGGAUCAAGUCAAAGCAUUCAGGACCAAGGAUCGGAUGUCAGAAGCACAGGAUUAUCUGGAUAAACUGAUCGAUAUCCAGCUCAAACUGGAUGAUUUCUAUUCUGAGAAAGGAGCAGUGAAUCAGGAGCAGAAGUUACUUGACGUUGGUCACAUCAGUCCCUAUCCCGAGCUAGAUCAGAUCAAGGAGAAGAAAGAACCUUACGAUAAACUCUGGAAUGCCGCAGUCAAGUUCCAUCACAUGUAUGAUAAAUGGAUGAAUGGACCGCUGCUGGAUGUCAAUGCUGAAGUGGUGGAAGAAGAGGUCCAGAACAUGUGGCGUACCAGCUACAAGCUGACCAAGGUGUUUGCUCACCCUGACAUGAUGGGGCCAAUGAGGGCGUCGACCACCAUCAAAGCUAAGCUAGAGAAGUUCAAGAUCAACAUGCCUCUCAUCAAUGCUCUCUGUAAUCCUGGUAUCAAACAGAGACAUUGGGAUAUGAUGAGUGAAAAGGUUGGUUUCAACAUGACCCCUCAAGAUGACACUCCUCUCGUUGAGAUGCUUCAGAUGGGACUAGAGAAAUACUUGGAGGAUCUAUCAGAGAUUAGCUCACAAGCUAGCAAGGAAUAUGCCAUGGAGAAGGCCUUGUCAAAGAUGAAGAGCGAUUGGGAGACAGUACACUUCAGCUUCACUGGCUACAAGGAUACCAACCUGUCCAUCCUAGGAGCACCAGAUGAUGUACAGGUCUUGAUAGAAGACCAUGUAGUCAAAACAGCUACGAUGAGAGGAUCACCGUUCAUUGCACCGUUUGAGGCUGAACUCAAAGAAUGGGAAAUAAGACUGCAUCGAAUCAAAGACAUCUUGGAUUCUUGGCUGAAGGUCCAAGCAGCUUGGUUAUACCUGGAACCUAUCUUUGGAUCAGAAGACAUCAGAAGACAGAUACCUGUGGAGGGAGAAAUGUUCACUACUGUAGAUGGUCACUGGAGAGAGAUCAUGCACACAUCAGUGAAAAACACCUUAGCCUUGGUAGUGACAUCACAGAAGGACAUGUUAGAGAAUCUCCAACACUCCGAGGGUCUCCUAGAUACCAUUCAGAAAGGCCUCAAUGAUUACCUGGAGAAAAAGAGACUCUUCUUCCCAAGGUUCUUCUUCCUGUCCAAUGAUGAGCUGCUGGAGAUACUAUCAGAGACUAAAGACCCUCUCAGGGUACAACCUCAUCUCAAGAAAUGCUUUGAAGGUAUCGCUCAGCUGACCUUCACUCCGGAGAAAGAGAUCGUCGCUAUGGAAUCGGCUGAGAAUGAGAGUGUAGAGCUUUGUUCUCGUAUCAUCCCAGCAGAUGCUCAUGGUCUGGUGGAGAUGUGGCUCAUACAGGUGGAGGACCUGAUGAAGAAGAGUUUGAGGGAUGUUAAUGCCAAGGCAGUGGUAGCCUAUCCAAAGACUCCUAGAAAGUCUUGGGUCCUGAACUGGCCCGGUCAGAUUGUCAUCUCAGCCAGCUCCAUCUACUGGACAGCUGAAGUCACCAAGGCUAUUUUGGAAAAAGAUGGUCUGAAGAAAUACCUGGCAACGUGCAAUCGUCAGAUUGAAGAGAUCGUCGAGCUUGUGAGAGGGAAGCUGACCAAGAUGGCACGUAUCACUCUGGGAGCACUUACUGUUGUUGAUGUUCAUGCUCGUGAUGUGGUAUCCAACCUCUACAAUGAGAACAUAGAAGAUGUUCUCAACUUCCAAUGGAUCAGUCAGCUGAGGUAUUACUUUGAGGAGGGUAAUGUGAUGGUGAGGAUGAUCACAACGACAGUUCCCUAUGGUUACGAGUAUCUAGGAAACACGGGAAGGCUGGUUAUCACACCACUCACUGAUAGGUGCUACAGAACAUUGAUGGGAGCCUUACUGCUCAACCUUGGUGGAGCCCCUGAAGGACCGGCAGGUACCGGUAAGACAGAGACCUGUAAAGAUCUGGCUAAGGCUGUAGCUAAACAGUGUGUAGUGUUCAACUGUUCUGAUGGUCUGGAUUACAAGGCCAUGGGCAAGUUCUUCAAGGGUUUAGCCCAGUCAGGAGCAUGGGCUUGCUUUGAUGAAUUCAACAGAAUAGAGCUAGAGGUGCUGUCCGUGGUAGCCCAGCAGAUCCAGAGCAUUCAGAGAGCUGUAGCAGAGCAGCAAACAACCUUUGUAUUUGAAGGCACAGAGAUCUCUUUGGAUCCAUCCUGUACUAUGUUUAUCACCAUGAAUCCUGGCUAUGCAGGCAGAGCUGAACUACCUGAUAACCUCAAGGUUCUAUUCCGCACCGUAGCCAUGAUGGUACCUGACUAUGCGUUGAUUGCUGAGAUCAGUCUCUACUCCAUGGGGUUUGUGGAUGCUAGAUCUCUCUCUACCAAGAUUGUGGCUACCUACAAACUCUGCUCUGAACAGCUAUCAUCCCAGCAUCACUAUGAUUAUGGUAUGAGAGCAGUCAAGUCUGUCCUGACUGCUGCAGGGAACCUCAAGCUAAAGUUUCCUGACACAGCCGAAGAUAUUCUCGUUCUGAGAUCAAUCAAAGAUGUCAACCUACCAAAGUUUCUGUCUCAUGAUAUCCCGCUGUUUGAAGGCAUCAUCUCGGAUCUCUUCCCCGGCGUAGAGCUCCCUCGUCCAGACUAUGGUGUCCUUGAAGAGGCUCUCAAGACAAACAUUGCUAAACGCAAACUACAAUCGGUGCCAUGGUUCAUUGAGAAAAUCAUUCAGAUUUAUGAGAUGAUUCUGGUCCGUCAUGGUCUGAUGAUUGUAGGUGAUACCAUCGGAGGUAAGACCAGUGCCUUCAAGGUUCUCUCGGAUGCUCUUGGGGAUCUGGAAAAAGCCAAACUCAUGGAUGAACACAGAGUUGAGUACCGAAUCAUCAACCCCAAGGCCAUCACGAUGGGUCAGCUGUACGGCCGAUUUGACCCUGUCUCACACGAAUGGUCUGAUGGUGUAUUGGCUAAUACAUUCAGAGAACAUGCUUCUAGUACAUCAGACAGUAGGAAAUGGUGUAUAUUUGAUGGACCAGUAGAUGCUGUCUGGAUUGAAAAUAUGAACACAGUGCUCGAUGAUAAUAAAAAGCUAUGUUUGAUGAGUGGUGAGAUCAUUCAGAUGAGCAAUAAACAGAACAUGAUCUUUGAACCUAAGGAUCUAGAACAAGCUUCCCCGGCUACUGUCAGCAGAUGUGGAAUGAUCUACAUGGAACCUUCUCAGCUAGGUUGGCAGCCAUUAGUAGCAUCAUGGAUGGAACAUGAAGUACCAGACUUCAUAAAUAAACAACAGAAAGAAACCAUGCAGAUGUUGUUUGAAUGGUUGCUACCACCGUGUUUACUCCAUGCUAGUCGUACCUGUCGUCAGCUUGUACCCAUGUCCCCUAUGCACAUGACUAUGUCUAUGCUCAGGCUCUACAAAUGCCUCCUCACAGAUGUUGGGGCUAUAAAGAGGAGGGAGGAGACUGAAAGUGACAUUGAGGAUCUAGAUGAGGAAGAUGAUCCUGAUGCCUCGCUCUCUGAUCAGAAGAUCCUUGAUGAACGUUCUAACAUGAUGAUGUGCUACUUCUUCUUCUCACUCGUCUGGUCUGUCGGGGUCUCUGUUGAUGGAGCAUUCAGAGAAAAUUUCAGUGAGUUCUUCAAGCAGCUCUGUGACAUGGAUACCACAGGGAAGCAUCCGCGUCCUAAGGAACUCAAGUUUGCUCGUAACCUACUGAUUCCCAAGCGAGGCUCAGUCUUUGAUUACGUCUACACAAGGAAGACUUUCGGGGCUUGGAACCAAUGGGCGACCUUCGUCACUGCCACUGAGAUCGCUGAUAAUACUCAGAUGAUGGUGAAUGAGUUAAUCAUCAAGACGGUUGAUACAGAGCGACAGAACUUUUUCCUCAAGAAGUUACUACUCCAAGGUGAGAAGGUCCUGUUUGUAGGUCCGACAGGUACAGGCAAAUCAGCCAUCACCAACGCCUUCCUUCUAGACCUGGCCAAGGGGGAUUACAUCCCAAACAAUCUCAACUUCUCAGCUCAGACCUCAGCCAAUCAGACGCAGGAUAUCAUCUUAUCUAAGCUUGACAGGAGAAAGAAGGGUGUGUAUGGUCCCACGCCUGGUAAGAAGCUUGUGGUGUUUGUGGAUGAUCUCAACAUGCCAGCCAAGGAGAAAUAUGGUGCACAGCCUCCUAUAGAGCUUCUCAGACACUGGGUGGAUCAUGGCUACUGGUUUGAUAGGAAAGACACAAGUGUGCUGUAUCUUGAAGACAUCAUGCUAGUAUCAGCAAUGGGUCCACCCGGUGGGGGUAGGAAUACAGUCACACCUCGCUUCUUACGUCACUUCAACAUCCUCGCCAUAGACACGUUCAACGAGGAGACCAUGAAGAACAUCUUUACUCCGCUCCUGGACUGGCAUUUCAACCGAGGCUUCGAGACCAAUCUCAGAAGAUACUCAAGGAUCAUGGUAUACUCUACCACUGAGAUCUACAUGCAAGCCAUCUCCAGCUUCCUGCCAACCCCAUCCAAGUCCCACUAUGUGUUCAACCUACGAGACUUUGCCAGGGUGGUGCAGGGCAUCCUACUCAUCAAGCCAGCCUGUAUCCCGUCGGGAGCGGACGGAGCCAAGAAACUCAUCCGACUCUGGGUGCACGAAGUCUACAGGGUCUUCUACGAUCGCCUGGUUGAUGACGAGGAUCGCCAGACCUUCUUCACCAUGGUCAAGAGUGUUGUUCAGAGUCAGUUUAAAGAGAAAAUGAACACAGUCUUCACUCAUCUGACGACUGGUAGAGAGGUGACUGACACCAACAUGAGGAGCAGUAGCGCACAUCCCGAAAUACGAGAUGAACAUCUUCGCAGCUUGUUCUUUGGAGAUUAUAUGAGGACCAAGGAUGAGGAGAAGAACUAUGAUGAAAUCACAGAUCUGGAGGGGCUCAGAGAGAAUGUUGAGAAGUAUCUAGAGGAGUAUAACAUGAUGACUAAAGCUCCCAUGGAUCUGGUGAUGUUCCGGUUUGCAAUUGAACACAUCUCAAGGAUCAGUAGAGUCCUUAAGCAACCCAAUGGACAUGCUCUUCUCGUUGGUAUUGGUGGUAGCGGUCGAGCUAGCGCAGCCCGCUUGGCAUCCUUCAUGGCUAUGUACGAACUGUUCAGUAUAGAGAUUACUAAGAACUACACACAAGCCGAUUGGAGAGAUGAUAUCAGACAGCUAAUGAGGAAAGCAGGAGAUGAAGGGUGUAGUACUGUCUUCUUGUUUGGUGAUCAUCAAAUCAAGGAGGAAUCCUUUCUAGAAGAUAUCAACAUGAUCUUAAACACAGGAGACAUACCUAACCUGUUUGAAAAUGAAGAACGUCUUGAGAUUAUUGAGAAGAUGCAACAAGUAUGUGUAGCAGAAAACAUUCAGAUUGAGAUGACACCACUCAACAUGUACAACAAGUUCAUAGAGAGAAUCAGACGCAACCUUCAUGUAGUAUUAGCGUUCAGUCCUAUUGGAGAUGCCUUUAGGAACAGACUUAGGAUGUUUCCUUCUCUUAUCAACUGCUGUACCAUUGAUUGGUUCAAGGCCUGGCCAGAAGAUGCUCUUGAGAUGGUAGCCCACAAGUUCUUAGAUGAUGUUGAGAUGUCGGAUGAGAUCAGAGCGGAGACGGUCGUCAUGUGUAAACACUUUCACGAGAGCGUCAGAGCUAUGUCAGACAGGUUUUUCACUAUACUGAGGAGAGCCAACUAUGUGACACCGACCUCGUACCUGGAGCUCAUCAAGACUUUCAAGACGCUUCUUAAUCGCAAGAGAAUGGAGAUCUUUACUCUUAAGAAUAGAUACAUGGUGGGACUUGAGAAACUGGACUUUGCUGCGUCUCAGAUCUCUGUGAUGCAAGAGGAGUUGACAGCCUUACAACCCAAGCUGAUAGAGAACAGUAAGGAGACUGAUAAACUGAUUGUGAUUGUACAAGAAGAGACUCAGGAGGUUGAUGCUAAGAGACAGAUUGUUGCUGCUGAUGAGGCUGUGGCUAAUGCUGCUGCAAACGAAGCUCAGGCAAUCAAGGAGGACUGUGAAGCGAAUCUAGCAGUUGCCAUGCCAGCAUUGGAUGCUGCUGUGAGAGCGUUGAAUACACUUAAACAGCAGGAUAUCACCAUAGUGAAAACCAUGUUGAACCCUCCGGCUGGUGUCAGGCUGGUUAUGGAAGCCAUCUGCAUCAUGAAGGGGAUAAAGGGAGAAAAGAAGACUAAUGAUCAAGGCAAGCCAUUUGAUGACUACUGGCCAGGAGCGAAAAGGAUGCUUGGGGAUAUGAAGUUUCUGGAGUCUCUCAGGGAGUAUGACAAAGACAACAUCCCUCCUGCAAUCACCAAGAAGAUCCGAGACCAGUAUAUCAACAAUCCAGACUUCAGACCUGAAGUGGUCAAGAAGGUAUCCUCUGCGUGUGAAGGUCUGUGCAGCUGGGUCAGGGCCGUGGAGGUCUAUGAUAGAGUGGCCAAGGUGGUUGCCCCCAAGAAAGCACGUCUUCAGGAAGCGGAAUCUAAACUAGAGGAGCAAGAAGGUCAUCUCAAUGAGAAAAGAGGUGUCUUGAAGGAGAUCAUGGGGAAACUACAAGCACUGAAUGACCAGCUAUCUCGUAAAGAAGGAGAGAAGAAGGAUUUAGAGGAUAAUAUUGAGUUGACAAAGCUGAAACUGAUCCGAGCUGAGAAGCUGAUUGCUGGACUUGGAGGAGAGAAAGAUAGAUGGCUACAGCUGACGGAGGAGCUGAGUGAGACGUAUAUCAACAUUGUGGGUGAUGUGUUGUUAUCAGCUGGUGUAGUCGCUUACCUCGGUCCAUUCACAUUGUCAUUUAGACAGGAAUGUCUGAAGGACUGGUAUGAUAUGUGUGUGGAGAAGGAUAUUCCAGUAUCUAGCGUCUUUUCUCUCUCUGCUACUCUUGGAGAUCCGGUCAAAGUUCGCGAUUGGCAGUUAGCAGGCUUACCUGUUGAUAACUUCUCGACUGACAAUGCCUUGAUAGUGACCAAUGCCAACCGAUGGCCUCUCAUGAUUGACCCUCAAGGUCAGGCCAAUAAAUGGGUCAAGAACAUGGAGAAACCCAACAAGCUACAGGUCAUUAAACUAUCUGACCCCACCUACACAAGGACAUUAGAGAAUUGCAUGCAGUUUGGUCAGCCAUGUUUAUUGGAGAAUGUGGGUGAAGAAUUGGACCCUGUUCUGGAACCACUGCUGCUGAAACAAACCUUCAAACAGAAUGGUUUGGACUACAUCCGUCUUGGUGAUAAUGUGGUAGAGUUCAGUCGAGAUUUCAAGUUCUACAUCACGACGAGGCUUCGUAAUCCACACUACCUUCCUGAGGUGUCUGUCAAGGUGACAUUGCUGAACUUUAUGAUCACACCCCUUGGCUUAGAGGAUCAGCUUUUGGGCUUGGUUGCAGCUAAAGAGAAGCCAGAUCUAGAAGAGAAGAAGAACCAGCUCAUCAUUGAGAGUGCUAAGAACAAGAAACAACUCAAAGAGAUUGAAGACAAGAUUCUCGAGGUUCUAUCUUCAUCUCAAGGGAACAUCCUAGAAGAUGAGACAGCCAUUGAGAUCUUGUCAUCAUCCAAGGUCCUCUCCAAGGAGAUCUCAGAGAAACAGGAGAUUGCCAGCAAGACAGAGACUGAGAUUGAUGAGACGAGAGAUGGAUAUAAACCGGUUGCCAAACAUUCAUCGAUACUCUUCUUCACAAUCUCUGACCUAGCUAACAUUGAGCCUAUGUAUCAGUACUCCUUAGCUUGGUUUAUCAACCUCUAUCUGCAGUCUGUCUAUGACACAAAAGGAAUGACACCAGAAAUGCUAGCGGAGAUUCCAUCCAUCAGUCUGAGCGAGCCCUCUAAUGACCUUGAGAGACGUAUCAAGAGCCUCAAUGAUCACUUCACAUAUAGCAUCUAUCAGAACGUAUGCCGAUCAUUGUUUGAGACGGAUAAGCUGCUCUUUUCAUUCAUACUCUGUAUUGGCAUAGCUAAGGGCAGAGGAGAGAUUGAUGAUAGAGAAUGGAGGUUCCUUCUCACAGGGGGUGUGGCUUUAGAGAAUCCAUUCCCUAAUCCUGCUCCUAAUUGGCUGUCGGACAAGUCAUGGGCGGAGGUCGUCAGAGUCUCACAGCUUGAUGCGUUUGAUGAUUUCAUGCUCAAUUUCAGGAGUAAUAUCUUAGAAUGGAAGAAGCUGUAUGACUCACCAUCACCUCACACCGAUAAGAUACCUGAACCUUGGAACCUUUCUCUAAAUGAGAUGGAGAAACUUAUCGUCCUGCGUAUAAUCAGACCAGAUAAAAUGGUACCAGCUGUCCAAAACUUCAUCAUCAAGGCAAUGGGUCAAGCCUACAUCGAACCCCCGACCUUUGACCUUGCUAAGAGCUAUGUGGACUCAUCCUACUUCACUCCUCUCAUCUUUGUGCUUUCACCUGGAGCUGAUCCCAUGAAUGUUCUCAUGAAGUUUGCUGUUGAAAAAGGUUUCCUGAAGCCACCAAAGCAAGACUCCAUGUCUGUCAAAUCCAACAUGAGUCGCGCAACGAGCAGUCUUGAGCUGCUUGCUCACAGGAAGACACCAGAUGCGUCUACUCUUCUUGAUUCAAUGAACGAAGGUGAUGAGGGUGGAGAGGAAGAGAUGACAGAGGCUGGAGGAGAUACAUCUUCUUUACUUCAUGAAACAUCACAGCAGCUAGACAGUGGUAGUACAGAGAAUCUAGAGCAUGCGCUGACGUAUAAAAAUCGGCCGCUCCAUGUAUCUCACACUAAUAAGGGCAAAAAACACAAGUUGCUGCACCCUUCUAACCUUCAUAGUGAUCCCCAAGAUGAAAGCUUUGAGCUUGUAGAAGAUGAUCUGGUCGAUGUCAUUCCUGCUAGACGUGUCCUUUCAGCUAUUCCCGAAGCGGACAGUGUCUUUGACUCUGACGCUGAACAAAACAUUGAUACCCCUUCACCAAGCAUCCCCAAUCCUGUACAUGCUCCCAACCAAAGCAACACACCCCUCAUGAACACCACCACAUCCCCAAACUCACCCCAGCACGCAACCCCUUCCCCAAACACGCCCCUGCACGGCACCCCUUCCCCAAUCUCACCCUAUCACAUGCCUGAGAGUAAGGAGGAUGAGCCAGACCUUGUUGCUUCUGAUCUUGGAGAUGGUGAGAUGCGGACAGAGGAUGAUCCCUAUAAUCCUGUAGAAGCUGCAGGAUUAGAGUACCUCGCCGACAGGAAUCGUCACCGAAGAAAAUCCAAGAUCUUCCGAUCAUCUCUCGUCCGAUCUCUCAGUAGUAUGGGCGGUAAUGGUAUGGCGACUGUAUCCCUGGGACAAGGGCAAGGUCCUAUUGCUGCCAAGAUGAUCAAUGAGGCUGUAGAGCAUGGUACCUGGGUGGUGCUUCAGAACUGUCACUUGGCGUUGUCAUGGUUACCAACCCUAGAGAAGAUCUGUGAGGAGUUGAUCACAGACAGCGAGAAAACCCGUCCUUCCUUCCGUCUGUGGCUGACCAGCUACCCGACCCCGACCUUCCCUGUCUCCAUCCUUCAGAACGGCAUCAAGAUGACCAAUGAACCUCCCAAGGGACUCAGGGCUAACCUGCUUAGAUCGUACCUUAAUGAUCCUAUAUCAGAUCCGGAGUUCUUCAAUGGAUGCACCAAACCAGACCUAUGGAAGAAGCUACUGUUCAGCCUUUGUUUCUUCCAUGCCUUGGUUCAAGAGAGAAGACAGUUUGGACCUCUUGGUUGGAAUACACCGUAUGAGUUCAAUGAAUCAGAUCUUAGGAUUAGUGUUAGACAACAGCAGAUGUUUCUGAAUGACUAUGAUGUGAUCCCAUUAGAAGCCUUGACGUAUCUCACCGGAGAGUGUAACUACGGUGGUCGAGUGACUGACUACCACGACCGCCGUCUGUUGAUCAGUCUUCUGGCAAUCUUCUACAACGAUCAGAUCGUUGCGGAGGAAGGGUACAGCUUCUCGGAGAGUGGCAACUAUCGUUGUCCGCCUUCUGGCCCUCAUGAGUCGUACACAGACUACAUCAAGAGUCUCCCUCUGAUGCCACACCCAGAGGUAUUUGGUCUUCAUGAGAAUGCAGACAUUACCAAGGAUCAGAAGGAAACUCAACAACUGUUUGAUGGAAUUCUUCUUACACUGCCUCGACAGUCUGGAGAGGCAUCAGGAGGGGAAAAGUCAUCUCAACAAAUCAUUGAAGAUCUGGCAUCAGAUAUUUUAUCCAAGAUACCUCCCAACUACAACCUAGAGGAAGUGCAGAAAAAAUACCCUGUGCUGUAUGAGGAGUCGAUGAAUACUGUCCUGGUGCAAGAGUUAAUCCGUUUCAAUCGCUUGAUCGAGGUAGUCAGGUCCAGUCUUCAGGAUAUCCGCAAGGCCAUGAAAGGAUUGGUUGUCAUGUCUGCAGAGCUAGAAGAUGUCUUUGAUAGUAUGAUGGUUGGAAAGGUACCAGGUAUGUGGGCAGCCAAGUCUUACCCGUCUCUUAAACCUCUUGGUAGCUACAUCACUGAUCUUCUGGCAAGAUUACAGUUCUUCAAAGAUUGGAUACGUGAUGGGAUGCCUACAGUCUUCUGGCUAUCAGGUUUCUACUUCACACAUUCCUUCCUGACUGGAACCAUGCAGAACUUUGCUAGACGAUACAAGAUCCCAAUCGAUCAGUUACUGCUUGACUUUGAGGUCAUGAAGAAUGAGAGUAACAUGGAUUCUAAACCAGGUGAUGGAGUAUAUGUGACUGGUUUAUUCAUUGAAGGAGCUCGCUGGGAUAGACCAACCCAUGUCCUUGCUGAAUCACAACCCAAGAUCCUCUAUGAUACUCUACCUAUUAUAUGGAUCAAACCUAUUGAGAAGUCCAAUGUAAAGUCUACACCAUCAUAUUCAUGUCCAGUUUACAAGACGAGUGUCCGACGAGGAACAUUGUCUACCACUGGACACUCCACUAACUUUGUCUUUGAGAUACAGCUUCCAUCAUCUCAUCCUCCUAACCAUUGGAUCAACAGGGGUGUAGCUAUGCUCUGUCAACUUGACAACUAGAUCAGCAGGAGUGGGACCAUGCUUUGUAAGCAUGACAACUAGAUCAAUAGGGGUAGGGCCAUGCUCUGUCAGCUAGACAACUAGAUUAGUAGGUGUGGCCAUGCUCUGUCAGAUUGACAACUAGAUCAAGAGGGGUGUGGCCAUGUUCUGUCAGCUUGACAACUAGAUCAACAUGGGUGUGGCCAUGCUCUGUCAGCUUGACAACUAGAACAACAGGGAUGUGCCCACGCAGUUGGCUUGAUAACUAGAUCAAAAGGGGUGCGGCCAACUGGCCAUAUUGUUGGCUUGACAACUAGAUCAGCAAGGGUGUAGCUUUGCUCUAUCAGCUUGACAACUAGAUCAAAAGGGGUGUGCCAUAUUGUCGGCUUGACAACUAGAUAAACAGGGGUGUGGCCAUGCAGUUGGCUUGACAACUAGAUCAACAAGGGUGUAGCUUUGCUCUUUCAGCUGCGCUUGACAAGUAGAUCGAUAGGGGUGUGGCCAUGCUCUGUCAGCUUGACAACUAGGUCAACAGAGGUGUACCCACGCGGUUGGCUUGGCAACUAGAUCAACAGGGGUGUGGCCACCUAAUUGGCUUGAGAACUAGAUCAACAGAGGUGUGCCCAUGUGGUUGGC